AUGCCAGAGAUCGAGCCUUCGACCACGACAGGCGUCGGGGAUAUAAAAAAUGUUGACGAGAAAGGCCGCCCUGUCAUUGUCGAAGACGCCGAGGAGUUUCUCCGCAUGCAUCAGCAUGAAUGGGGUGACUACACUGAGCAGGACGCAAAACGAGUUCUCCGUCGGAUCGAUUGGAGGCUCAUGCCGUUGCUAAUGGUUACAUUGACCUUUGCCGGUGUCGACAAAAUCAUCGUGUCGAAUGCUGCGGUCUAUGGAAUGACCGACGACCUCAACUUGAGGGGCCAGCAGUACAGCUGGGCGGUCUCUAUCUUCUACUUCGGUUACAUGCUUGCAGCUUAUCCUGCCAAUGCGACUCUCCAGAAAUAUCCCGUUGGGCGAUGCCUUACACUAGCCUGUAUUGCUUGGGGAGGCUCCGUUGCGCUCAUUGCCGCAUCACCAAACUUUGCCGUUCUCAUGUUCCUACGUUUCCUUAUGGGCACUACAGAGAGUUUUGUCUUCCCAUGCAUGACCAUCUUGGUUAGUAUGUGGUAUACAAAGAAGGAGCAGCCGCUGCGAAGCGCUCUCACUUUCACCUCAUUUUCGACACUGUUCUCCGGCACGAUAUCGUAUGGCAUUGGCAAUGCUGAUAUUGCCAUUGCUCCCUGGAGGCUGCUAUUCAUUACCCUUGGGGCAAUGACCAUGCUCUGGGGAGUUGUCUUGUUCUUUACUAUUCCUGAUUCCCCUCUCCAGGAAAACUUCAUGAAGGGCAAGGAUAAAUACAUUGCGCUCGAUCGAGUCAAGGCCAACAUGACCGGAAUCGAAAACAGAGAGUUCAAGCUGUAUCAAGUCAAGGAAGCUUUCACCGACUACAAGACCUACAUCCUGUUUCUAUUCUACCUAUGCAUGAACGUCCCUACUGGAGGUCUUUCGGCAUUUGCCGCACAAAUCAUCUCGGGUAUCGGCAACUCGAAACUCGAGACUAUGCUCCUCACCAUGCCGGCAUCGCCUUUCCAGACUUUGGCUAGUUUGACAGUUGCCAUACCACAGAGAUGGCUCAAAAACAAGCGAUGCUUGUCCAGUGCUAUUUGUUGCUUGAUCCCCCUCACUUGUUCUAUCUUAAUCAAAGAACUUCCAGCGGAGAACAAGACCGGGAGACUCCUCUGCUAUUACUUCUUCUAUUUCUUUUGGGGGCCGUACGCGACAGUUCUGUCACUGCCGAUGGCAAAUGUUUCCGGCCACACGAAGAAGCUCACUGUUACAGCCAGCAUAUUCAUUGCAUACUGCUGUGCUAUGAUCAUUGGUCCUCAGGUCUUCCUUACCAAGGAGGCCCCGAAUUACCCAACUGGGUACAAGUGCCUCAUGGGAUUCGAGAUCGCUGCCAUCUGCCUCCUUGGGAUGUAUGCUGUUGGUUGCAAGAUAGAGAACAAGCGUAGGGACAAGAGAGAAGGGGAAUAUGUUGAGCUUUCGCUUGGUGAGAUGGUUGACGACAAAACGGACUACGAGAAGAGAGGGUUUAGAUAUGUAUACUAG